AUGGCUUUCUCAACAUUCCCAUUGCUCGCCUUUGGCUCACUGGCUGUACUGUGCCUGUACAGAUUCAUCAUCCACCCUUUGCUGUUUCAUCCUCUGAAACAUAUCCCCUCUGCUCACUGGUCGAUUCCAAUUUUUGGCGACCUAUGGAUCACCUAUCAGCGAUACAUGGAAAGGAACAACGCUGUUACAUAUACGGCACACUUGAAGCAUGGCGCCGUCGUGCGGAUGGGGGCCAACGAGUUGAGCGUCAAUUGUGUCGAGAAUGGCAUCAAGACCAUCUACGCUGGUGGGUGGGAGAAACAUGCAUGGUAUCCUCAGCGAUUUGGUUCCUAUGGUGUCAUGAACAUGUUCUCAACGAUCCACCACGGACCUCAUUCGCAGAAGAAACGCACUAUGGCCAAUGUCUAUUCAAAAACCUACAUUGCCUCAUCACCCCAGGUCGCCGCUAAUUCUCAUGCUCUAUUCUCUACCCGUGUUCUCCCCCUGCUCCAGGAACUGUCGGAAUCGGGCGAACCGACAGACGUGCACGACCUGCAUAAUGCCAUCGCGAUGGAUUUUAUGUCUGCCUACCAAUUUGGCCUGUCUGCUGGAACGAACUUCACGCAAGAUUUAGCCCAAAGACGACAUAUCCUCCACCAGUACCAUUGUAGGAGGGACUAUGAGUUCUUCUCAGCUGAAGCACCCUGGCUGAAGAAGCUGACUCGGAGGCUCGGGCUGCAGGUCGUGCCAUAUUUUGUCGAUCAGGCGAAUGUCCUGCUAGAAGAUUGGAAUGCCGGCAUGUGUCGCGCGGCCGACAAAUAUCUGUCCGAUAGUGAAAACAUUGCCCUGGCAAACCCUGGUGACGAUCCGGUCGUCUACAAGCAAUUCAAGGCGGGCAUCACAAAACUGCGCGAAAAAGACCCCAACGCCGGCAAAGCAGUAGGCGAAGUCACUCUGCCUACGACUCGACACGAGAACCUGCACACCAACGACAGUGACACCACCACGGCCGAAAUCUACAGCGAGAUGCUCGACCAGAUCGGCGCCGGGCACGAAACCUCGGCCAUCGCUCUAACCUACCUGACCUGGGAAAUGAGCAAAAGCCCUUCUCUCCAAGACCAACUCCGGCAGGAAGUGCUCGGCCUGACUCCGCCCAUCAAGUGGCCACUCCCCUCGGGCACCGAUCCAGCCAAGGACUUCAACCUCCCGGAUCCCAAACAGAUAGAUGCCCUCCCACUCCUGCACGCCAUCGUGAUGGAAACGCUCCGUCUCCACGCCCCAAUCCCGGGUAUCGAACCACGUAUCUCCCCCCAAGUCCCUGGCGGAAACACACUGGGUGAAUACAACAACAUCCCCGGCGGCGUCCGUGUCUCCGCCAUGCCAUACACUUUGCACCGCAACCCGGUUGUCUUCCCUAAUCCAGAGACCUUUCUCCCCACGCGCUGGCUUCCAAGCCACACCUCCGAAGAGCAACUUAGGGAGAUGCAUCGCUGGUUCUGGGCUUUCGGGAGCGGCGGACGCAUGUGCAUUGGGAGUCACCUGGCCACGCAGGAGAUCAAACUGUUGGUGGCGAGCGUUUACUCGAAUUGGAGGACCGAGAUAGUGGAUGACGAGGGCAUCGAGGAGGUGGACGCUUACACGACGAAGCCGAGGCGGAACCGGUUGGAUUUGAGGUUCACGCAUGUUUGA